AUAAAAACAAAUAAAUAAGCUUAAUAUCGUCUUGAGCCAAAAAACUGAAAUCAUUAAAAUUUUUCAUCAUGCUCAGAUAUAUAGAAUAGAAUUGAAAUUGAAAUUGAUAUAUCUGUGAUUUUUGUAAUAAGCUAUGUGUUAAGCCUGAAAUAUUUAUGGCAGAGAGCGAAGCCAUCGCCUGGCGAUAAUGGAAUCCUUUAAAAUUAAAAUCGAGCUCGAAGAUGAUACCCAAUUUACGGCUCAGACAGACCCGGCUAUUCACGCUGAGACCAGUGUCGAGCACAAACACGAUCCCGGCUCAGAGGAAACACUGCAAAUCGAGUUCAAGACAGAAAUCGACAUUGAGCCGACGAUUGUGGGAGAGCCUAAGAAGCUCUUCGAUACACAACGGCUGCGUGAAUUUGGAGACGUGCCUUUUGUUAUAAAACGUAUGGAGCCGCAGGACUUUUCCAUUAGCUACCGCAAGGCCGUAAGUAGCGUUGAGACAAUCUUGGAAAGAUUGCGACGCAACGGAGUGCCCACGGGCACAGGAAUUGCCUUUCGCAUUGCCAAUCACACACCCUCGUCAUGCAUAUUGAUACUCGCCAUACUUAAUCACAAAUGUCACUUCUAUUGCAACGACAAAAUGAUGCUGUCGAAGGCUUUACAUUGGCAGAUGUACCGUGCUGGCAUUGAUUACCUGAUUGUCAACGGUCACAUGCCUGUGGGUGCCGUUUACUUUCAGAACCUCGACAGCUUUCUGGUCUACAACGAAGAGUACAAACUGUUCAAGUUGAAGCAUACCGCCAGUGAUCCUUCGCCUGAGGCAAAGGGGGCUCUGCCACCCAACAUGUGCUACACAAUAACGACCACUGGCACCACAGGAGCGCCAAAGCUAAUACAUGUUCCUUACGAAUGCAUAGCACCAAAUAUAGUGGGACUCAGUCAAAAGCUCAACAUUUCGAUGGCUGACAUUAUUUACCUGGGUACGCCCUGUACCUUUGAUCCAUCUGUUGUGGAACUAUUUUUGGCGAUGCAGAAUGGUGCCGCAGUGCUUAUCACCCACUAUUCUAUGCGCGAGUCACCCAAACGCGUCUUGAGUGCCCUCUUUCCAACGAGUGUUACCACGCCCGGCAUCACCGUAUUGCAAAUGACACCAUCACUUUUUCGACAGUUUGGUGCGAACGCAAUACGCGAACGGAUACUAAACAGUUCCAGUACACUGAGAGUGUUACUACUAGGUGGUGAACCGUUCCCGUCCAGUUCCGAGCUUGCCACCUGGAUGGAGCCACAGGUGCUUUUCCAAAAACAAAUCUGUAACAUCUAUGGUAUCACAGAGAUGUCAUGCUGGAGCAUGAUGCACGUUUUACAAUCUCUGCAUUCGCGCGUCCAUUUAGGAACGCCCAUUGACGAUGAGACUGUUUUGCGCAUUGAGUUCCAGUCCAAACGAAAUCUUCAAAACGUGGGCCGUGGUGAGCUUUGGUUAGGCAGUGCCACACGUCGCUGCUACAUACCGGAGACUGAUGAUUUAGAUAACGGCACGGACUUAAAUCCUGCUGUUCUUUAUCGUGCGACCGGCGACUUUGUACGAAGGUUUGAAGACGGCUCUAUAGCUUAUGAAGAACGCGCCAAUGAUGUGGUUAAGCGUGCAGGUAACCGCAUCAGCCUGGGACUCAUCACGUGCAAGAUAGAGAAAUGCUUGCAUAGCUGCGAACUGGCUACUUGUCUAUGGCUGGAGGAUCUGCAAAAGCUAAUUUGUUGCAUUCGAAGUCUGGAGCCUAAGACAAAGGUACAGAGAAGGGCGCAGACCUUUGAAAUACUAAGCAAGCUAAUGGCUGUUGAGCAACCUGACAGAUUCGUUUACUUGCAACACUUUCCCUGUAAUGCACAUGGCAAGCUGGAUAAGAUGCUUUUGCUUAAAGAGUGUACACUCCUAGCGCAGCCAGCCCAAGAUAUACUAAAAAGUUUUCUGCAUGAUAGGCUCGAGUGCGUGGACGUGCAAAAUGAGAGAACACCAAAAAAACUUCGGCUAGAGCAGACUGAUUCGCUUACCAAUCUUAGCGGUUAUGACCUGAGUUUCCGACAUGCUGGCGGAACAUCUUUCCAUGCCAUAACGCUGUGUCGCGAAAUUGGCUUGCAGAUGUGCAUUGACGACGAGCAGCGACAUCUUUUUGAGUUACUGCUGGACGAAAAAGUGAGCUUACGCACCGUUUUGCUCUUCCUAGAUAAUGCCAAACUGGUAACCCAUAACACCAAACUAAAGCCCAUCGAGCCACUUUUGAGCUCUACAGUCAGUGCAGCGGCGGGCAGCAGCACAAGCAGCGGCUUAAUCAUCACACGCUUUGAAAAGCCUGCCAUACACUUCCAGUUCUACUGGAAGGUAAAUUUCAACAAGUGCAUAGAUUCGCCGGUUGCCCAAUUCGACAGUCGGUAUGUGUGCGUGGGCGCCCAUUCGAAGUUAUUGCGCACGCUAGAUACCCUGACGGGUCGGGAGCAAAGCACGAUAAAGUUACCUGACCGCAUCGAAUGCAAAGUUACAUUCCUUAGCGAGCAGCUCGCCAUGGUGGGCUGCUACGACGGUUGCCUCUAUGGGUUCAACCCGUUGACUGGCGAUAUUUUAUGGAAUGUAGAAAUUGGCGGGAUGAUUAAGGCUCAGCCUUUCCUGUCAUCAGAUGGAUCCCGCAUUGUCGUCUGCAGCUAUGCAGAAGAUUAUAAUGUCAUGUGCCUGUCGACGGUACGCCAGCAAGUACUCUGGUGCAUGCGCAUAGGAAAAAAAGCAAUCUUUGCUAGCCCACUGGAACUGGUCAAGGAUCAAGCCGUAAUUAUAUGUACGCUAGAUGGUGGAUAUGCACGCGUCUCGCUCUUGGAUGGCUCGGUGCAGUGGAUGCAUAAAUGUAAAGAACCCUUUUUCGCUACUCCCGUCUUGCUGGACUCCAGUGCCACAAUUUUUGUCUGUGCCGAAGUAGCCGGUCGUGUGCAUGCUUGCGAUGUAAAUAGCGGACAAAUUUUGGCUACGCAUGCGGCAGAGGGUAAUAUAUUCUCUUCGCUGGUAGUCAAGGCCCCGCCCACUCACAUGGGAUACACAUUUGUGCUCUUUGGAUGCAUUGACCAUCAUGUGUACUGUUUGCGAUGUAAGACAGGCACGGGUCAAAAUACUUCACUUGAGCUCCAUUGGAAAGUGGAUAUAGGAGGCUCAGUCUAUGCCACACCCAUAAUAAUGACAGUAGAACCCAGCGAUAAUCUCGUAUUUUGUUGCGCUACGGAUGGCCGAAUUGUGCUGUCCAAUUUGGGUAAUGGUCAGAUACAAUGGUCGGAUAAGCUGACAGGUGAAUUGUUUUCCACUCCGUGCUAUGUUGAGAGCCUUAGACGCGUUUAUGUUGGCUGUCGGGAUAACUUUUUGUAUUGUAUGGGAAUUUAGAGUAAAAAUAAAAAGAAUUUAGAAUACAAUGUUAAUUAUAGCAGAACGCAAAUU